CCGGCCUCCAUGCUACAUAUAUACAUGUAGUUUAUAAAACUACACAGCAGAGCGAUUCAUUUUAAUAUUUAGACAAAAUAUGAUUGCAUUUAUAAUAUACUGUUGCUCAUCAUCUGUGGUUAAUCUUUUACUGUGAAACCAUUUAAUAUUAACCAGGAUACAACUCUGCUUUGGUGUGUCUUGGCGAUUACCCCGUAGUGACAUCUGCAGGGAAAUUGGAUCAGCAUGGCGCUGCCGGUGCGGAAGCAGAUAAGCGAAGAAGAUACUGAGAAAGAGAGAGAGCACUUCAGAAGAAUUAUAUGUGCAUUUAGACACUAUAAGGACCAUUCUUUACAGAGAGUAUUUACAGAACAAAUUGCCUACCAGAAGAUUCCUGACCACCAUAAAGCCCUGAUUCCAGACUUCCCCAAACACAUGGAUGAAGUGAGGCACUGUAUUGCCCAGAAUUAUGAAUUGAUAAAAAAUAUCAUCAAGAACACAAACCACAUGUUUGAAAAUGAAGAAUUUCCUGCUGAGAGUGACAUACUGCAGAAUACUCAGAGUAAUGGAGAGGAGACGCCUACAAAAAGGGCCCCCAGCCUUCCAAUUCCUGCAACUUUUGAUAUGGACAAAGUUAAAACCACUUUGAAACAGUUUGUCAGAGACUGGAGCACAGAUGGAAAGGCUGAGAGAGACGCCUGCUAUAAACCAGUACUGGAAGAGAUACAGCGGAGGUUUCCACGAAAUAAAUGUAAUCCCUCCUCAGUAUAUGUGCUGGUCCCAGGGGCAGGUUUGGGAAGAUUGGCCCAUGAUAUAGCAAGACUAGGCUACAACUGCCAGGGCAAUGAAUGGAGUCUUUUUAUGCUUUUUGCUUCACAUUUUGUCCUGAACAGAUGCCACAGUAUUGAGAUCUACACUAUCCAUCCCUGGGUUCAUCAGUGGUGUAACAACAUGUCAAAUGCGGAUCAACUGAAAGCUGUGAAAUUUCCAGACAUCAACCCGUCAGAGAUGCCGUCAAAGUCCGAGUUCUCCAUGGCCGCUGGAGAUUUCCUAGAAGUUUAUACAGAAGCAGAUACGUGGGACUGUAUAGCAACAGUGUUUUUUAUAGACACAGCUCACAAUGUGAUUGCCUAUCUGGAGACAAUAUGGAAAAUACUGAAACCAGGGGGUUACUGGAUAAAUAUGGGUCCUUUGCUGUAUCACUUUGCCGACAUGCCAAAUGAACUGUCAAUAGAGCUCAGCUAUGAAGAUGUCAAAAAGGUUAUACUGCAGUUGGGCUUCCUUAUCCUGGAGGAGAAGACGAAUAUCAAGUCUGGGUAUACAGAGAACCCCAAGUCUAUGUUAAAGUAUGUCUACGACUGUGUGUAUUUUGUGGCACAGAAACCAUUAACUGGUAGCUGACAAAACUGAGUUAUAGAAUAUCUUACAGUUCUCUGACAAUUCCUCGUAGACUACCCAGAAGACAACUUUGAUCAGUAACCCUGCUGAAAGGUCCUUUGACUUCUUAGCAUUUUUGUGACAGUGGAUGUCUUUUUUAAUCUUUGGUGUAAUAUGUCAGCUGAAGAACUUGCAUUUUAUAAAAAGCCAAUAAAAGAUAUCUAACAAGAAGUGA